AUGCUCGUCAGGAUCGGCCCCAUUCGGUUUCUGCAGCAGCACCUUCUCGUCGUGGAGGACGCGGAGCCCAGGGAUCCCGCCCCCAAGUCCACCCCGGCCCCAUUCAUGACUGAGGGACCUCCCACGCCGGCAGAUCCAGACUCGGCCCCUCCCAAUGCCACCAACGCCACGGACUGCGGGGAGGACAUCUUGUUGUACGGGGAGACGGAGAAGGUGGUGAUUGGGACGGUCCUCUCCGCCAUCACCUUGCUGACCAUCGCCGGCAACAGCCUGGUCAUCAUCUCCAUCUGCACCAUCAAGAAGCUCCGCCAGCCCUCCAACUACCUGGUGGUCUCCUUGGCGGCCGCCGACCUGUCGGUGGCCUUCGCGGUCAUGCCCUUCGUGAUCAUCACGGACCUCGUCGGAGGGGAGUGGCUCUUCGGAGAGGUCUUCUGCAACGUGUUCAUCGCCAUGGACGUCAUGUGCUGCACGGCCUCCAUCAUGACGCUCUGCGUCAUCAGCGUGGACAGGUACCUGGGAAUAACCCGUCCUUUGACGUACCCCGUAAGACAAGAUGGGAAGCUAAUGGCCAAGAUGGUGGUCAUCGUCUGGUUUCUCUCUGCCUCCAUCACGCUCCCUCCUCUGUUUGGCUGGGCUAAGAACAUCACCGUGGAGCGGGUCUGCCUCAUCAGCCAGGACUUCGGCUACACCGUCUACUCCACCGGCGUCGCCUUCUACAUCCCCAUGGCGGUCAUGCUGGCGAUGUACAACAGGAUCUACAAGGCGGCCAAAGCCAGCGCGGAGAAGCACCGGUUCAUGGACCUCACCAGACACCAUGACCAGGACGGGGCGUACUGCAUCGAGAUCAGCAUCCGCGGCCAGCACGCCACCAAGCGGGACAAAGCGGCGGAGGAGUGCGCCACCCUGUCCAAGCUGCUCCGCCAGGAUCGCAAGAACAUUUCCAUCUUCAAGAAGGAGCAGAAGGCGGCCCGGACUCUGGGCAUCAUCGUCGGGGCCUUCACCUUUUGCUGGCUCCCCUUCUUCUUGAUGUCCACCGCCAGGCCGUUCAUCUGCGGCAGCCGCUGCAGCUGCAUCCCCCUGAGGCUGGAGAGGACCCUCCUCUGGCUGGGCUACACCAACUCGCUUAUCAACCCGUUGAUCUAUGCGCUCUUUAACCGAGAUCUGAGGACUGCUUUCUGGAGCCUGCUCCGGUGCAGCUACCGUAACAUCAACAGGAGGCUGUCCGCCGCAAGCAUGCACGAGGCCUUGAAAGCCACAGAGAAGCACGAGUGCAUACUUUAA